GAACAUUUAUUUGUGAUUUCUGCUUGUGAACGGCGAAGGCCUAUGUGGAUCGUCCCAAAUAGCCGAUUGUUGUGUGGAUAGACCAGUUAGCAGUGCACACACAUAUACACACACUCGUGUGUGAGUAGUCCGCCCCCCUCUCGGCCACUCACUCGCAGCUUCCAGCUUUCUUUGAGCUAUUCCAUGGAUUAUAUGAAGACUUCUACGAAAACAGAGAAUAACACAAUCUAGGGAUAAGCACAUCGCUAGAUCUAUAUACUAGCACAUCGCUAGAUCUAUAUACUAGCACAUCGCUAGAUCUCUAUACUAGCACAUCGCUAGAUCUAUAUACUAUCACAUCGCUAGAUCUCUAUUCUAGCACAUCGCUAGAUCUAUAUACCGCUGGAUUAGCGAUAGCCGACAAUUUUGGAUUUAAAAGUGAUAUUAUUGUGGUGAUUGCUGCUGUUAUUUAAUAUAUCAUUUGUGUGGUUCAAAUACAAAAGAAAUUAAUACUAAAAUUUGAUAUCAGUGAGGUCCAAAAAGUGACAGAAGAUUGGUGCGUAGACAAAUAACAUCCCAUCAGUCAGGAAUCCAUUUUGAUCAUAUCACGUUCGAUUAAAAUGUGAGAUCAAUUUAAUAACAAUUUAUUGUGUUUUCUGAGGACUGCUUCGACAUUUUGAAUUCUACCCUUGUGUAAUUUGUUGAAGACAAUGCUUUCAACUUCUAAAUUAAGGAAAUAAAUGUGGUGGUUAGUUGAUUCUUUUUGGAACUGUUAUAUUCAGGUCCACCAUUCAGUGGGCACAAGAAGCAGCUGUAAGAUAUUCAACUCCAACACAGGCCCAGCAUUCAAACAAACGCUUCCGAAAUAAGAGAUUUUACUGUUGUUAUUGUGAUUCUGUUUUGUAUGUACGUGUCGCCUACCUUGCUUCAACUUGCAAGAUAGGUAGACCAUCCGCCCUAACCUCUUCGUCCAUAGCGGCGACCCAGUGACCACCCCACAUCGCAAACACGUAUUACAGUAGCGGUAACUUCACCAUGGCGAUGGCCGCGGAACAGCACCAUUCGCCACCGUGGAUGACCCACUCCACGGACUCGGGCAGGAUCGGGGCCCCUUUCGAUGCGGGGGCCACGGGGAUGUUCCCGCCAGAGGAUAUUAGUGAUUUCUUUUCCCCGCCGCUGGACACCAACAGCGGGCCCAUGGGUAUGGGCUACUAUCAGAGCUCCAGGGCCGCAGCGAUGCACGGAUACAGACCUGCUCAUGUGACUGGAAGUUCUCAGCUUCACAGGUCCCACUUUCACAAUUCACUUCAUCCAUGGAUACCCGACGCCUCCAAAUCCAUGGUGCCGCACGCUCACUCCAGCUGGAUGCCUCCGUCGUUCGGGUCAUCCAAGUCGCUGACUCACUCUGGCGGCCACACGUCCCUCCCAGUCCAUCCGGCCACCUCGGCCAUUGUGACGUCGUCUCUGGUGUCCUUUCCGCCAACGCCGCCGAAGGACGUCACCCCGGAGAACAGUCACAACCACAACAGCCACAACAACAGCAGCGUCUCCAGUGCGGGUGCGGCCAACCCAAACAUCGGCUCCAGCGGAAGCAUCGUCACAAGCGGCAGCGUCAGCGCCAACAAUAACAACAAUAACAACAACAACAACAACAACAAUAACAGCAGCGCGAGCUCCAAUAAUAACUCCAGCACAAACAAUAACAACAUCACCUCUGGGCUGUCCGCCCUGGGCUCCCCAGACGCAUACGCCCCUGGUGAAUACAAGGACUACAAAGAUUACAAGGACUACAAAAGCGCGACGUCAGCGUCGCUCAAGCUGGAGUCAUCUGGAGCCUCGGAGGGGAUCUCGUUCUUGGGAUCCCACGGCGCCCACGGACACCACCACUCCGCCUCCCAUACCGCCCACCCCGUCCCCACAUACCCAGCGUACAUGUCCAGCGAUCACUACGGCAGCGGCCCUCUGGGAUACCACACAUCGAGUGUAUUCAAGACGUCCCCUUCAUCAACAUCUCUGUCCAGUCGACCUCGAGCCAAAACAAGGUCAAGCACAGAAGGACGUGAGUGCGUGAACUGUGGCGCCACGUCCACUCCACUGUGGCGCCGAGAUGGCACUGGACAUUACUUGUGUAACGCCUGUGGACUGUACCAUAAGAUGAACGGCUCGAACCGACCUCUCAUCAAGCCCAAGCGCCGCCUGGUGAGUGAUAGUGCCGCCAGGCGGGCCGGUACGACUUGUGCCAACUGUUCCACUGCUACAACUACACUCUGGAGGAGGAACCCAAGCGGUGACCCCGUCUGUAACGCAUGUGGCCUUUACUACAAGCUCCACAAUGUGAACCGGCCGCUGACCAUGAAGAAGGACGGGAUCCAGACACGAAACCGGAAGAUGUCUACCAAGAGCAAGAAAGGCAAGAAAGGAAUGGUCGCCAUGUCCGACUUCCUUAGGGACAGCAAGCCGUUCUCUGGGUUCGGCGCCCCGUCCUUCAGCCCCUCGAUGCACUCCAUGAACCCCUACAUGAACCACAUGGGGGGCCAAGGCUUGGGCGGAGGCUACCACCACUCCCAGAUGUCCGGCGGCCUUGGUGGAGGACUAGGUGGAGGACUCGGAGGCGGGCUCGGAGGAGGGUUCUCCAACCAGUUUCACAGCACCCUGCAGUCCCCGUCGUUCGCCUCCUCCCUCCAAUCGCCAUCUUUCCCCUCUUCCUCUUUCCCUUCGUCGCUGCAGUCGCCAUCUUUCGCUUCGUCCUACGGAACGAUCCCCAAUAUCCCGUCCAGUGGCCUGAAUCUGUCCACUAACAACAUGGUAGGGGCGAUGGCUUGACAUUGGACCUAGCCUUUAAGAAUACACUAAAGGCUAAGUGCCAUACAAUGGUCAACUGUGGGCAGACAGGAAGAGGACAGGAAGUGAGGAAAUAAAUCGAAUCUGCCGAUAUCAACUUUGAUCAAUCAGUUCCUUUGGGCAAACUAUGCGGGCUAUGUUGAUACAUAUAUGUGUUGACAUUUCUCUAUCAGGCUUGGAACGAAUGGAAGGGUCUUGUCGUCUGCGGAUCACGUGAUUCUGACCAAAUGGAUGCGAUGUUUUUAGCACUGAACACAUGACGCAAUUUCACACUCUCCUCUCUUUGAAAACCAUCUUUUCCCAAGAUGAAUGAAUCUUUUACGACAAUGAAACCUAUAGGCUUUACGACAUAGAAUCUCGUGAUGUGUAAGAACACAAAUACGUCACGCUUUUCCAGCAUUUCCCAAACUGAACACAGAUUUUACGACAACCGCAGGUUGUUAUGUAAGAACACACAUUCGCCAUGGAUUUCCACCAUUUUCAAAAAUCUCUUAAAGUAAUUAACAAAAAAAUGUAAUUGAGUUAAAAUUCCCGAAACAUUUUUGACAGAAACUACUUCUGAAAUGAUAAUGGAUGUUAUGCGCGUGUCUAAUGUGACACAGCAACCACCAGGGGGUUGCGAUUGUUUGAUCCGCCAGCAGAUGACUGUCACAGGAAGAUGAAAAGCCCGAAAUCAUUUAGUUGGUUCAUAGGCUCAGGUUACAGGAGCAGCUCAGAGACGAAGGUCUAAAGGGUAUCAGGUUAGGCUGCAGCGCGAAGUUUGCGAAGGCCCGAAACCCAAUGAUGACGCUUCAUGGCAACAUGGAAAACCAUACGUUUGAAUUUGGGCGAAAUACCUCAACAGGUAAUAGACCCAGAACUAUACCUUACUGAAAGAUAAUAAAAAUAACUCCCCAGAAGAUACCGUGCUAUAGUGUUGUAAAUAUAUAUAGUGAGUUUAAUGUUAUGUUCUAUCUCGGCCCACACUCCCGAACCCUGUACACCCCCCCCCCCAUUUUCUGUUUUUUUUGUGUGUGUCUCCUUUGACGUUAAUCACUGUCAUGUAAAUAUGUGAAGUAUAUACAUGAUCUAUAAACUACCGGUAGAGUGUAUAUGUGCAGUGACAACCAGGGCAACAUAUCGAAUGAUAGAGUCUCUUGUCGUUUCUUACUUCGUGUGCAAAACAUAAUAUACCUUGAAUCACUGGCCUAUGUAUAUGGUAUAUUAUGUAUAAGUCUGUUUUGUGAACAUUCUAACUCGGAGUAAUCAGAAACGGAACAAUUCAAAAUGUCGUGUCAAAACAACAACAGUUUUAAGUUUCUUUGUGCAUUUUCACAGCCUUGAAACUUUGUACCAACUGUUUGUGGAAUAGCCUGAAUAAAUGAUACUUUUAACAGCUAUGUUUGAAUGUCAACAAAACACAUUAAUAAGGAAGAAAAUAUGUAUGUGUGUGUGUGUGUGUGUUCAUGAACUAUUUCUAUCCAUUUUUUUAAAAUUUGUUAAAGUGUCGAAAUGUAUUUUGUAUUUAUUAUCAAUAAAAUGUCAGUCUAUUGUGUCAGUGUCAAUAAUUACAUUGACAGGCUGUAAUACCGUUUGGCAUGGAUGGAAAACAAUCACAUACACACAUUUACCCCCCUCCCCACAAUUACACACGCUUGUAAGUAAUGGAUGAUCUACAGACUCAAUAAAAAUACCUAGAAAUACAAAUUUCACUAUCAGAGGGUAAACUAUUUGUUUAAAAAGAAAACCCCAAAAAGAUAAAUCUCAUACGAGCAUAAAGAAACGAAAUUCUAGACAUGAAAAUUGUUUCGUUAAUGAGACAUCGGCCUUGUAUUCAAUGGAAUUCAUUCUUUUUAUUCAUUCAGCUUUCACAUUUGGUAAAUUAUACUUUAAAAAAAUAAAAAAAUUCCUGGUGGAUCGCAUCCUUGUUGAUAAGCUCUUGAAUCAAUCGAUACAACUUUGUGAUAUGUGGAAUGAUGAGCAUGCAGAUGUUAUGUUGAUCUUUAUUGAUGUCGUUGUUACUUAUAACAUCAUUGUGUCAUCACGAGUAUUUUGUGUCUUUUAGUUUCGUUGCCAGUUGCAAGACGUAUAAUUAGUUGUGACAUAAGUUUAUAGGAGAUGUUCGUAAAAUAGAGGCAAACCCAUAAAUAGCAAGUUUUUUAUAUUUUUUUUUUAUUUUGCUGUAUUAAGUGUAGGCUACAGAACACAGAAGUGUUGGUAAACUAUACAUUUUAGGAUUGAGCAGAUUGUGUCUUAUAUUCUGGGAGACUGUAUUUGUAAACAAAGAGCUGAUUAAUGUUUAAUAUGACAAUCUGUAGUAGUAGUGGUGAAGUGCUUUUUGAAUAUUUCGAUCAUUUAAAAAUAAGUUUGUUAUAAAAGAUAUAUAUAUGCUAACGGCUUCCAGUUAUAUAUCACACUAUCUUUCUAAAGUAAAGCAGAGUUCUCCUCUCAGACCUUGUGAUCUAUUGGGCACUAUCUUGUACUUGAAACAAAAAAAAAAAGAGAAAUAUAUUAUUUGAAGACGUCUUGGUUAUGUAUUGAAUGGACAUUGAUUUAAAAUGCUUCAUUAAGUGAAUGUUUCAAACAUGUCUAUAUUUAGACAACGUAGCCCCUAGAUCUUCAGGUCCCGACUCUGCAGCUUGAGACCUAGACAGAAUAAAAUGGAAAUUUUAAUAAUUAGUUAAAUAUCACUAUUCAAUCAUUAAAUCGAGAAUAAAAAUUACUGGAUUUAAAAAAUAUAUAUAUAUAUCUUUGUUCCGUCUCUAUGUCUGAGACUAAAUUUUUAUAUUUCAGUGUACUCGUGUGUGUGUGUGUGUCUGCGUGUGUGUGUGUGUUGAAUGGAGUCUCGCUUACAGCUCUUCACAAUAGUCUCAUUUGCAAAAUUUUGUGUUAGUGCUUGAAAAAUAAAACAAAAUAAAAAGGUUUUAAAGUGUUAGAAGAAGAAACGUCUAUACUUUAUAAGAUGUGAUAAGAUAAGAAGAUAAUUACGUCAACAUCAAGCGAUCGAGUUACACUUGUAGUGUUCAACUAUCAUCUCUACAAGACACACACACACACACACACA